AUGCGACUUUCUGCCGUCCUGCUCUUCCCGUUUCUUCUACAGAUUGGUAGGAUGAUUUUCAGCUAUUUUUAAUCUUCUCUAAAAGUCUUUCGUACAUCCAAAAAAAUUAUUUUUCUCAAAUUUUCUCUAAAAAUGUCUCAAAAUGAAAAAUUUUCUCUCACAAAUCUAUAUUUUAAGGAAAUUCCGCGGAUUCAACUUCGGGUUCCGGCACUGAUGGAGCUUGUAAGAACAAUAUCAUGAGCUAAAAAUCAAUAAAAAAAAUUUCAGUGGUUGGGCUAAUGGGAACGAUGACGGCACUGGAAGGAGUUCAAGGUGAAAUUUGAUAUUUUUUUAAAAAGUUCGUAUAAAAUUGGAUUUUUUUCAAUAUUUCGAAUCAAAAAAACGGUUGUUCGAUUGUUCCUAAAUCCUUAAAUUUAGUAAAUUAGAGCUAUGAAUAUCUUUAAAAAAAGAUAGGAAACGAAAAAAAUCUGAAUUUCCAACCUUACACAGCUUCAAGACUAGCAAAAAAAUGUAUUGUUAACUUGAACAAAUUCAAAUCUUCAAAGCGACUCAAAAACCAGAGCUUACUUCAUUUCCAACGGUCGAAAAUAAUAAUAUUAACAUUUAAGGAGAAAAAAAUAAUGGAUAUUUUUCCAAAAAAUACAAAAUAUUCAAUUUCGCUGUAGAAAUCGUUUCAAAAAGUUAUUUAAUUUUUUUCGCUGGACCUCCUUUUUUUAUACUUCGUGGAAAAUCUGUGGAUGAAAGUUAUAAAAAAACAAAAUUCAAAAAAAUUCGUCAAUAUUUUCUUUUAAAAACCAUGAUAAGCUUUUUUUCCUGUACCUGAUGAAAAUCCCUUUGAGGUCAGUCAUAAAAUUUUACCUUAGCAGAUUUUUUUACGAACAUUUUUUUAGAUGUCACAAAAUUAAAAUUCUUUAUCAAAACUGUAUUCAAAAAAAUCCUUGAAUAUUCUUGUUUAAAAAUCUGUAAAAAGGAAAAAAAUCUCCUCAAACCAACGCAAAAAGCCUAUGAAAAAAAUUAAAAAAAUAUUGAGGAAAAAGGGAAAAAAUUCGAAUUUUCCAUGGCCGUUACCUUUCUUCCAAUCUGUACUCAAAACUACCGUACACUAACUCAUUAAAUAAAGUUUCAAAGCUCCAGAAAAAAUUCCAUGAAGAUUGGUUUUUUUCAGCGCGCUAGGCCUGAAAAACCGAAAGUUCACAACCUUUUGGGCGGUACUGUAUAGUCAAUGUUUCCCGACUAGAAAGGCGAAGGAGGCGGGGCAAGGGGCGGGACGCGUAGCGUGUGCGUUCGCGGUUCUUGGCGCGAGUUCAAUUCAAUUGUCGCCGACUUUUUAAAAAGCUCGGCAACCGCUCUUUUUCAAUGUUUUCUACUAUUUUUUGAUGCACACAUGAACAUAAUCAAUAAAUAACUGAAAAGGGAAUGAAAAAAGCAAAAAACUGGCUUUUCAAAGAGUAGAUGGCGGUUGAAUUGAACACGUGACAAGAAACGCGUACGCACACGCUACGCGUCCCGCCCCUUGCCCCGCCUCCCUCGCCUUCCAAGUCGGGAAACAUUGACUAUACAUGCUAGAGCAUCUUCAUAGUCGUCUCCAAGUCUAACUAAUAUUAUAAAAUUCAGCCCUAACCGGCCUCGGCGGUGGAGGCGGCGGAAUUUUCGGCGGUUUGACAGGCGGCGGCGGUUUAUUGGGUGGAGGAAGCGGUCUUCUUGGCUUGGGCCAGAGCAACAAUCCCUACGGCAACUACAACCCCUACGGCGGUUACAAUCCUUACGCUCAACAGUACAAUCCCUACGGAGGUUAUAAUCCCUACGCGCCGACCUACAAUCCUUACGCGCCUACGUACAAUCCCUAUGGGACUUACGGCUACGGAUCGAGUCCUUAUGGGCCUUACGGCGUUCCUCAGUACGGCAGCACCUACGGAGGCUUUUCUACGGGAUUCGUACAGCCUCAAGUUCCCAUCACAGCUGGAUUCGUACAGCCGCAAGCGAUGGCGAUGACUUGUCGAUGUGAGUUUUUCAACUUCAAAAAAAUGAAAUCAAACAUGGUGUUGGGUGUUUCGCGGUUUUCUGUGAAAAUUCGCUUCGAGACCUUUUUGAAGUUUUCAAAGUGUUUUGAAAAAAAAUUUGUUUUGUUUAAUUUUAAGUGUCAUUUUUUUUCAUUUUUUUCAAAAUUUGUCUCUUUCCGCGCGGAAUACACUAUUCUUAAAAAGCUGAAAAACUAAAAAAAUUUGUAAAAAAAUUUCUUUUCUUUAAGGAGAAAAGAUAUAAAUUGAACAUAAGGCCCAAAAUUCUGUUCGCAAAAAAAUUUUUAAUUUUUGAAGAAAUCAUUUCUUACAAACUUAUGGACUUUACUGUAUACUUUGAAGCGUCCUCCGAUUAAUUUUGAGAAGGCUGGGCAGAAAAUUGGUAGGAUCAAAAUUGGCACUAUAUUCACCUCGCAGAAAAAAAUCAAAAAGCGUUUUUGAAACGUUUUAAAGCCCCCCCUCCCUCUGAAUUUCGAUGAAACUUUUUCUGUAGUGUACUUUUGGACCUACUGAUCCCUGAGCAAGUAAAAAAAUUCGUACAAUAUAUAUUUUUCGAUUUAAUGAAGCUUCAAACUUUGCAAAAGCACGUAAAUCAUGAUGAAAAAAAGCGGGCUAUUUCCAGCUUUUUAAAUCAUCUCUAACUCAUAAACAAGAUCUAUUACGAGAAAUUUUUUCUCCUAGAAUGAGGAGGUCCUGAAGUACACUUCAGCAAAGCUUCAUCGAAAUUCCAACCAGAGCGGGGGUGUAAAAACAAAUUCAGCACCUUUUUCGGUCGUCUGAAUAAAUUUAGAGGACGAAAAGUGUUCGUAGCCAACGUAGAUGUAAAAGUAAAAAUUCAAAACCAAUAAAAAUGGAAAAUCUCUUGAAAAAUCAAUUUCCAGCUUCUCGUCUGAUCGACUACGUCGGGAAUAUCCCCCGCUAUCACUGCGACUGUCCGCCACAUGCUCCGACCUACCAAUUCUACCGUUGUUCACCCAAUAUUCAAGGACAAAGGCGAAGAAGAUAAAAAUUAGAUAAAUUUAUUUUUAUUUUUUUAAUGAAUAAAAUGUGUUCCUUAUAAUACUUAUACUGCCUGUGAUUGAGAGAAAAAUAACUUAUGAUAGAAAAAUUUCAACAGGAAGAGAAAAACUAGUUAACUAAAAAUUUGAGAAAAUUCAUUACCUUUCUCUAUGAUAAAUGUCUCUCAAUUUCAAAGAAAGAGUUCAAAAACUGAAAAAAAAACUCUCGAAAUGAAUUCGUAAACUUCCAGAACCAGAAUCACUUGAUUAAAAAAACUUGAGAGAAAGUUAAUCGGAAAUAUAAAAAAAGCGAACCAAGAAGUCAUAGAAAACUGCUUCGAAAAAUUUUCUUCCAAUGAGUAUAUUUCUUUCCAAUUUUUUUGAACUAAAUGAUGGAAAAAAAUUGGAGUUUUUUUGAUCACAGCUUUCAAGAGCUUGAUCAAAUUUUCAUCAUUUAUUUGAAAAAGGGCUCUAAAAUUCUUCCAAUCACGCCAGAGUGGUUCCUAUAGGGGCGACCUUAUGAUCCCUUAAAGGUCCUUCUCUAGGGACCACUUCACGUCCCUCUAUAGGGGCUACUAAAGCUUGCAAAAGUGGCCACUAUAGGGUUUUCAAUCAGCGGACAGGUUAGUGAUCCCUAAACGUAUUUUUAAUUUUUAAAGGUUAAUAAAAAAUUAGAAGACCCUUCUAGGGACCACUCAAGCUUCAGGGGCUCAGGGGUCACACCUAAACCCUAUAGGGGCCACUUAAAGGCUUGAAAAAGAGGCCUCUCUAGGGUUUUUAGUUAGCGGACAUGCUAGUGGUCCCUAUAGGUGUUUUCCAUUUUCAAUUUUAUCAAAAAACUAGUAUACCCUUCUAGGGGCCAUUCAAGCUUCAGGGCUUAGGGGUCAUGCCUAAACCCUAUAGGGCUUGUGAAAAUUCUCCUAUAGGGAAUGCUAGUGAUCCCUAUAGCUCUUUUUUUCAGUUUCAAAUCUGAAAAAUUAAUAGACCCCUAUAGGGACCACUUGAAGGCUUGUAAAAAUGAACCUUAGACAUUCCAGUGGUCCCUAUAGUUCCUUUUUAAGUUUCAAAUCUCGAGAAACUACUGAAAGACCCCUAGAGGGUUUUUCUUCUCCUAAACACUAUAGGGACCACUCUGGCGUUCCUAAGAAUGAAAAAAAAAAUUAUUUCUGCAAGUUUCCAAACAACUAUACUCUUGUUAUUCCUAAGAAACAAACACAGAGAACAAAAAAAUCUGUUUUUCCUAUCAACAGACGAAUCCGCCGAACAACGUCCUUGCGUUCUGCAUCUUUUCUCCAAUUUUUUUCCGUUUUUUUCCCUUCCAAUCCCCUCCCCCCCACGUGACAACCUUCUUAACCUACAAACAAGACGACUAGACUUUUGAUUCCGAUUUCUUCGAUUUUGAGGCGGGAAGUAAGCAGGAGCCGAUUUGUGGUCUCAAUUCGCCCAAAUAGCUACUAUUCGCCGAAAUCCCAAUCAAUUCCUAUCUAUAUAAGGAAAGGUCAACAUUUUCCUGCUAACAGCUUUUAUUUUCUGCAAGAAUUUCUGCGAAAAAUGAGCCUUCUGUCUAUUUUGCUCGUUUGUCUUCUUCUCAGCUCUCCAGGUGAGUAUUUGAUUAAAAAUGCUUUAUUUUUAUUUUUAGAAACUGCAGUAGACUUAACUGGUUGACUACAAUGUAGUUAUAGCCUUAAAUAAUGAAAAGACCUUUCUUUCAAGGUUAGCUAUGAGUUGAGUUAUAUAAGUUAUCAUUUUGCGAAACUUCUAACUAGCAAGAUUUUUUCAAAGCGAAAAAUUUUGUUGAACCAAAAUAAAGUGAAAAAACGCCAUUUCCGGUUCAUGUCCAGAAAAAUCUGAGAAUCUUUUUUCUGCAAAUUGAAACUUCUGGGAAAGUUUUUAGUGGCCACUAUAAAGGCUCGCCAAGGACUACUUGGAGAGGACACUAAAGUGACCACUAAACCCACCUCUAUAGUGGUCACUUUUUUCCGUUUUAGUGGCCACUAUAGAGGUUCUCUAUUUAGUGGCCACUUCAGUAGGUUCUCAUCCAGUUUUCCUUCCAGUAACUCUGAUAAUUUUAAAACAAACAGAUUGAACCAGUUAUCUUGAUCCCUAAAGUGGCCACUAAAAUUUUUAGUGAUCUAGUAGUAGCACUUACCAGUUAGAUUAGACCUCUAUAGGGACCACUAAUUUUAAACCCCUUGAGCGGUUACUAAUUUAACUAUUAUAGUGGCCACUAAAACGUCAAAACCCUAUAGUAGCCACUAAAAAAAUGUUCACAGCUUGUUGAUUUAUAAAUCUAAAUGAGGAAAGUCUAAACAAAAUAGAUUAUUCACUUGAAUCUCAGUGCGUAAUGUAGCUUGUAGAAAAAAAGCGCAAAAAGAAGUGGAAAACUUUUUUUGGAAAAAAACUUCCUUCAAAUAAUCUUAUUAUGAGCAACUGACAGUAAUUCCACAGAAAAAAAAAACAUCAUUUGAAAGUAGUAUUCUCCAGAAAAAAAUUCUUUUAAAGAACUGUGCGGCCUUUUUUUUUGAAUAACUUUACUUUGAAAGGCCUUUGUUUAGGAAGAAAAAAAGGUGUCGCCAAACUUUAAAAGUGAAUAAAAAGUUCAAAAAGCCUAGAAAUGAGUAAAUUUUCAGUUUUUGCCCAUGGAGGCCAUGGAGGCGGUCACAGUGGCGGCGGUCACAGUGGCGGCGGAGGUCAUCAUGGAGGAGGAGGAGGGGGUGAGCUUAUUUCAAAACUUCUCAAAAACUAAACUAAGAAUCCGAAAGUUUAAAAAAUGACGUUCGGAUAUCUUUUUGAAAACAAAUUCUGCUCCAGUUUAGAAAGGAUUUUUCUUUCGAAAUGAUUUUUAAUUUUCAUCAAAAUUCAGGUCAUCAUCAUGGAGGCUGGAGAGGUCACCACGGGGGCUGGGGCGGUCAUCAUCAUCAUCAUCACGGAUGGUUUGUGGUUUUUUGAAUGAUAAAGAAUGAGAAGAAAACCUCGAAAAUUAGUCAAAAAAAAACUGGAAAAAAACUAGUAGAGGACCGAAGUUCUCUCUCACAAGAAAGUGGGGGAAUUUCCAGAAAAUAGGCCAGAACACUGUUUGAUGUACCUAAAUCAAGUUCUGGAACCAUCAAAACCCCCUAGUUUUCGAGAAAUAAGUGCUCAGAGUCUGAAAAUGCCUAUUUUAACAGAUUUUGAAUUUGAGGGAUCUUUCCUCAAAAACCAGGGGUCCGGGCAGUUUGGGACUUUCAGGAUCCUCAUAUGAUACAUCAAGAAGAGUUCUGGCCAACUUUCAGGAAAUUCCGAACCACAAAGUAAAAUGAGCACUCUCGUCAGUACCAAACUGAUCACUUGCUCCUCAGCUCAAAAUGUUUUUGAGUCACAAAAUUGCAAAAAGGCAAAAUUUUGACCCUUUUGCAAGCCGAAACCUGUUCUAGUGCAGCUCCUAUUGAUGAAAAUUGAUUUUUUUUUUUUAAAGACCCUAACUUAUUCCAGGAACCACGGGGGAUUUCGGCGGAAGCCAUUACGGUGGCGGCGGUAGCAGUGGGGGUGGACUGGGAGGCCUUGGAUUACUCGGUUUGUUCAUUUAAUCAUAUUUUUUUCUAUAGUCCAUUUUUCUUGGCUUGAAACUGCAGAAACGGGAUGCGUUUUUGGCAAUUUUUUUGUGUAUUCGUGGAAAUUAUCUUUAUUUUUUCAAUAAAAAUUAUGCCAAAAACCUUUUUCAAGGAGUAUUUGUUCUAACUUGGAUCUCGGUAGCGAAAAACGGACUGUUCCGGACGUUUCUGAGCAUCUCUAGGGAUCACUUAAGAGCGCUGACGCUACUAUAGUGGUCACUAGAAAUGCUCCGACAUGCCCCGAUUCCCGUUACCUAGGACCGAUUAUGUAUAUGAUUUCCAUUGACUGGAAUCCUCCGAAAUUUCCAAAAGAGAAUAUUUAAAAAAAUGGGAAAUUUUUAGUGGCCACUAUAAAGGCUCGCCAAGGACUACUUGGAGAGGACACUGAAGUGGCAACUAAACCCACCUCUAUAGUGGCCACUAUUUACUGUUUUAGUGGCCACUAUAAAGGUUCUCUAUUUAGUGGCCACUUCAGUGGUUUUUCAUCCAGUAUUCCUUUCCAGAAACUCUGAUAAUUUCAAAACAAACAGAUUGGACCAGUUAUGUUGAUCCAUUGUCCUCUAAAGUGGCCACUAAUUUUGAGCCCCUCAAGUAGCCACUAAUUUGACUACUAUAGUGGCCACCUAAACGUCAAAAUUCUACAGUGGCCACUAAAAGUUUACCCAGUAGCGCCAAAAACGUGUCGCGUCCGCAAACACGUCCGCUGUUUGUCGCAGAAUAAAAAAAUUAUAAAUAAAUUUCCUUUUUCUAGGUCUGUUAGGACUCGGUGGCAGUAGUUAUUAUUCAUCCUCUCCGUACUACUCCCAGUCUUACGGCUACAGUUAUCCGAAUUACCAGCAAAAUUAUGGCUACGGGUAUCAGCAAGGCUACCAACAGCAAGGAUAUUGUCGAAGUGAGUGAAUUUUGAAGCGAAGAGAAAAACCGAAAUUUUGGUUGGAAAAGCAUCGAAAAUUUAAAAAAAAGAGGCUUUCAGAGCUCGAAAAAAGUUAUUCAACAAUCUUUAGCUAAGUUAUCAAAGCAGCCCCUGCCAAAAAAACCGAAAAAAAAAGUCAACCGCAACGCGGCCGCGACGCGUCCAGAAAUCCUCACAAAGAUCACCAUUUUUUCAGGUGCGCUGUUCAUCGACUACGUCGGAAACGUUCCGCGGUACUACUGCGAUUGUCCUCCAGCCGCCCCAAAUUACCAAUACUACCGAUGUUCCCCGUCCUACCGAAAAUGA